AUAUAAAAUAUUUAUGAUCGGGUCUACUUGUUAUCAAUAACUGAGAAGUUGCCGACAGGAACAGUUGUAGUUUAUAUGGUAUAGAUGAAAGAAGAUAAGAAGACCAUGACAAAAACUGAACCAUGGGCAUGGGUUGUCCUCGCAGCAUCAAUAUGUGCCCUUUUUUUCAACACAGCACUGAAUUUUACUGUUGGAGUUUUACAUAUAGCUUUUUUGGAGAGAUUUCCCGAUGUGGAUGUUUCAACCAUUUCAUGGCUUGGUGCACUCUUCUCAUGUAUGUUUGCACUAGCAGGUAUUAUAGCUAGCAACGUUAUCAGUGUGUUUAACAGUAGAACAUGUGUUAUGUUAAGUGGAGUUGUUACUUUGGUUGGUUUUACUUUAAGUAGAUUUGUCACCGACAUAAAAUAUCUAUUCAUAACCUACAGUUUUAUAGCAGGAAGUGGACAAGCUCUGUGUUUUGCUGGAACCUUGGUAUCGUUGGGCUACCAUUUUAUGGACAAAACAAGCAUGGCUACAGGAAUAGCUGUUGGGGGAUGUGGACUGAGUUCCUUUAUUUUUCCACCUUUCACACAAUAUCUGAUUGACACAUAUGGAUUAGAUGGGACCUUUUUGAUGCUUGGUGCGCUUGGUUUUCAGAGCUCAGUUUUUGGGGCUCUUAUGAAACCGACGAAAUAUGAACUGCGUCUCAAAGCAGUAUCUUGUCGUAGCCGACAAAGAACUCUGGAAACUGAAAAAGUGUCUACAGUUUGGCAGGAUCGGUUCAAUUUUUUUCAGUCUGUUCCAUAUUGGCUGUUUCUGGUCAGUUCUACGUCAUUUAGUAUGGCUGUGUCUACUGUUUACUUAUUCAUGCCGGAAUAUUUCAAACUUCUGGGUUCUACAUCCCAAGAAGCUGCAUUUCUUUUAUCUAUUGCUGGUGUGACUGGAACAAUAUCUCGUGUAUUGUUAGGAAUCUUAGCCUCAUCCGUCGGAGUUAGUAUCAUUUUUGGGGGAAUGUUUGGAAUAAUUGGUGUAGUGACAUUUUUUAUAAAGUUUAUGUCCUCGCUAGGUGGUAAAAUAUCUUAUACAGCAUUCCUUGGAUUUUAUACGGGUGCCUGCUGGUCAUUGCAAUAUACUCUACUGGUUGAGAUUAACGGACUUAAUAAUAUAUCUACUGCUUAUGGUGUGCUGAUGUUCUGUAGUGGUGUGGGGUAUUUAUUUGGACCUCCCGUGGCUGAAAUGAUGGCAGUUCGUUAUCAAAGUACCUACGUCAUAUUCGCUUUUGCGGGGGUGUGUUUUGUGAUAGCUUCAGUAACAGGCCUACUGAUUAACGUUACAACGAAGAAGCAUAAUAUACUAGAAGUUAAAGAAUCAGAAAUAGGUGAAACGGAUCAGAAAUAUUUUGAAUCGAAUGAAAAGGAAGCAUUCUUUGGCAUAAAUACAGAAACGUCGGUUAUUCUGGAGGUCGGAGACGAUAUAUUGAAUGAUUAAAGUGGAGUUAGUCAGCAUCAAUAACGGGCAGCAAACUAUCCAUAUUCUAUUGUUUGUUUAGUAUAAAGUCAGAUAUAGGUGAAAGGCUCUCGCAAUAGGAAGCUAUUUAAUAUCAUUUUUUAUACGCCCACAUUUUCAUGUGGACGUAUUAUGCCGUCGCCCCUGUCCGUCCGGACGUCCGUCUGUCUGUCGGUCCGUCCGUCCGUCCGUCCACAAUUGUUUGUGGACUCUCUACAGGUCACAAUUCUUAUCCGAUUUUGACGAAACUUGAAAUAUGGGUUUAUCCCCAAAAGAUCUUGGCUGCUUUCGAUAUUGGCAUGUAUCGGAUCGAAACUUCAUGGAUUAUGGCCCCUGUUUGUACGAAAAAUCACGUUUUUAGCUUGUGGACCCUAUAGAGGUCACAAUUUUUAUCCGAUUUUGUUGAAACUUGAAAUGUAAGUUUAUAACCCAAAGAUCUCGGUUCCUUUCGAUAUUCGCGCAUAUCGGACCAUAACUUCCUGAAUAAUGGCCCCUGAUUGUACAAAAAAUCGCGUUUUUAGCUUGUGGACCCUAUAGAAGUCAUAAUUUUUAUCCGAUUUAAAAAACCGUAUUAUAAUAUCACCGUUACACCCUAAGGAUGGCUAGGUUCGAAUUUUGUGAAAAUCGGCCUAAAAUUGACAGACAAAAUCGCCGCCGUUCGUUCUCAAAUAGCGUAAAAAUAUGGUAUAUCAAGUUUGUGGACCCUAUAGAGGUCACAAUUUUUAUCCGAUUUUGUUGAAACUUGAAAUGUAAGUUUUGUAACCCAAAGAUCUCGGUUCCUUUCGAUAUUCGCGCAUAUCGGACCGUAACUUCCUGAAUUAUGGCCCCUAAUUUUACGAAAAAUCGCGUUUUUAGCUUGUGGACCCUAUAGAGGUCAUAAUUUUUAUCUGAUUUAAAAAACGUAUUAUUAUAUCACCGUUACACCCUAAGAAGAACUGAGUUCGAAUUUCGUGAAAAUCGGCCCAAAAUUGUCAGACAAAAUGGCUGCCGUUCGUUCUCAAAUAGCGUAAAAAUAUGGUAUAUCAAGGUUGUGGACCCUAUGGAUAGAGGUCGCAAUUUUUAUCCGAUUUUGUUGAAACUUGAAAUGUAAGUUUAUAACACAAAGAUCUCAGUUCCUUUCGAUAUUCGCGCAUAUCGAAUUGUAAUUUCCUAAAUUAUGGCCCUUGAUUGUAGGAAAUAUCACUUUCUUGUUAGAUUGUUCUCUAUCCAUCUCUCGAAAAUGUGGGCGUAUCCUGCCUGGCAGCCACUGGUUUUAAUAAUAAAAAGGAAUGCAAACUUUCAAUUUCAAUUGGGGGUUGGGCACAAGUCACUAUAUUUUACUCUGUGUAAAUGUCUGAUUAACUAUGUCUAAAUAUUUGCCUAAGUUAUAGGGGCAAGUGAUCGCCAUUGUAUGAAAUACGAGCAGUGAUGAAACAAUCCAGAUACAAAAUUACCCUUGUGAUUUUGCUGUCUCUUGAAGGUCGGAUUAUAAUGUAUGACGUUUGUACCCAUUUUCUAAGGUAUAAAGUUUUAGUAGGUUAGUGGAGCAGCAUUUUGAGUUUUGUUAAGGAAAUGUACGUAUCAACUGAUUUAUUGUUAAAGGCACUAAUGUUCAUAUAUAUCUGAAAAGUAAAACAAUUGAACUAUUUUAAUGAAAUGUUGAGGUUCUCUACCUACCGUAAUUAUAAUUCACACCCAAGUAAAAACUUUAGAAAAUUUAUUAUAACUUGUGGAUGUUACACCCUAUUUCUUUUUGGUUGAAACUAUUUAAAUGGGAUAAGUUAAUUUUUCGGUUUUGCUUAUGUAUUUAUAUUGCUAAAAUGAUUUGAAUAGAAUUUAAAUUCAGUCAAGAAGAAAGGGGUGAAAUGGAAAUUAACAAGUCUGUCUUUCCGUUUUAUGGAAGGAAACUUGUCAUUUAAAUCUUAAAAAUGUCAAAUUGUUUCCGUAGAAAAAGGAGUCACUGCCGUAUGCUCGUAUCGAACAUCCGUGAACCUACAGGAAAUAUAGACACUCAAUUUAUUUUACAUAUUUAUAUUGUUACGGUUUAUUAUUUUAAUGAAAUAACUAUAUUAGUUGUUUCGCUGUGCGCAGAUUGUAUGAUUAAAGCGGCAUAGCUAAUUUUGUGAUUGAAUGUAGUUAUAAAUGAAUAAAAAAAUAUUAAUUGUUUUAUAUACUUGAUACUGCCUGAAUGCAACCAGUCUAAUUGAAACGGUGUUAUUUUCGUUCCGUUUACUUUGACGUUAAAUAUAACGCAGAGCGCAGAUAACAACAACCGAGAAAUAAAAAGGAAAGAAACGUCUAUUUAAAAGAGCUAAACGGCUAAUAUUUGGAGACCUAGAAAUUGACAGAAACGAGUCGCAACGCAUAUAAUAAUGCAAAAUAUGAAUGUAUAAACUGAUUUACAUUCAAUCGUUUCUGUUUUUACUCUAAUUUCAAAUCAGUUAUUUUCGGCAAAAUACGUCAGAAGACCCAAUCGAAUGGCAAUCUUUAGCGUCCGGUUAUACCUGUCUACACCGAAGGUAUUUAUUGCGCAUGACUUGUGGAAUAUGUCUAGUCUUGUUCUUCAAGUCCAUUGUUACAAAUGGCGCUGAAACGCAUUCUGGCGAUUCGUGAACCAAUGGCAAAAUGUGUAUUUUGUAUUAAAUAUCGGAUAUCAGAAGCCCAUCCUUUCCCGGUAAUAUCACAAAAUCAAUGUUGAUUUAAAUUGACAAAUAAUUCGUGUUUUCAAUGUCGAAGACCUUGAUCAUAUUGAGUUCGAGACUUAGCUACUUUAAUUUGCGUUAGACUGAGUAUCCGUACACAUUUUUUGGGUUCAUU